UUUGUGGCAUCCGCAUCCACACGAACCCCAAAAGCGGGAGAGAGGGCUUCGACGCUUCGGGCUCAGACCUACCGCGGGUAAACAAUGCCCUGCCCCCGGGCACAGUGUUAAUCGAGCAAACUGUCGGGACCCCCAGAGAGAUAAAAAAACAUUUAGUGUUAUAAUAGGGAUUCAUGUGUGACGAUUUCCUCGACUAGCCCAGGUUACUGACGAAACAUGGAGAAGUCGUUUUCCAUAACGCCGUGGAAAUACGGUCUGCUAGCCACUUGCAUUCUCAUAGUGACAUGUAAUGUAUUCUUCUUUUCUUGCGGCGUUGUGACUUGGGGCUCAGCGGUAUCACAAUCCGGGAGCUAUGGGGCUGCUCUGUGUGGAGUUGGGGUCUUUGGAGUGGCAUUCCUGGGAAUGUACGUGUCCUUAAAGGAGUCACAUAAGUAUUCCAUAUACUACUUGAUUUGUAGUGGGUUGGUGAUAUCCGCGCUGGGUGCCUACCUGUUCGUCUUCACGGCGAUGCGGACGGAGCUGAUGGGCAGGUUCGAGGAGCGCAUGCGCCGCCUGUUUGCUGAGAAGACCCACAAUGACGACAAGAUGCAGCCCGUGCACAGCCUCUUCAGCUGCUGUGGAAUGGACGGACCGCAGGACUAUCUUAGCACGGAGCAUGGAGCCCUGCCCAGCAGCUGUUGCUAUGCCUUCGACUGCUCCAAUCCCAGUCAUGUUUACCAGGAGGGCUGCUCCACCAAAGCAAUAACAAACCUAAGGAUGCAGGCUGACCUGAACUAUUACAGCUGCCUAGCUAUUAUUUCGCUCGAGUUCAUGGGCCUUUUCACAGCUUACUACAUGGGCAAGGCCCGGAAGCAUGCCAAAACCAAGGUCAAGGAUGAGGAGACCCCCAUGAACGAUUAAGGGUCGUGGAUAACCAGCAUUAUUGUUGCUAAUAAAAGUUAACCAACUUAGCUAAUUUGCCAUUAGAGAAUAAAUACUUUCCAUAUGAUAAACAAUCAA